AUGACAGUUAAUACAAUUGAAGAAAAAAUCUUAGCUUGUGCGAGAUAUAAAUUAAAUGUUGAUGAAAAAGUUAUACAAGCUGGUAUGUUUAAUCGUUCAUCAACAUCAAGUGAACGACAUGAUUAUCUUGAACAAUUAAUUGAAGGUGACGAUGAUAUUAAAGAUGAUGAUGAAGAUAUACCUGAUGAUGAAAUUCUUAAUCAAAUGACUGCUCGAACUGAAUAUGAAUUUAAUUUAUUCAAUCGUAUGGAUGUUGCACGACGUGAAUAUGAAUCUCUACAUGGUGUUGGUAGUGGUGGUGAUGGAGCUAAUGAACGUCGUCAUUGGAAAUUAGUUACAGCUGCAACACCAAUAACAACAAUAACAAUAACUGAUGAUACGAAAUUUCAAACACCUCGAUUUAAACGUAAAAAAGAAAGUGAUAAUGAAGAUUCAAUAGAUCAACCAGCUAAAAUUAUUGCGAAUGAAAAGAAAAUAACAACAGCAUUUAUUGAACAAAGUGAUGAUGAAGGUACUCGAGGAGGUGAAGAAACAACAACAACUACAACAACAACAAAUGAUGAAACAACACCAUCACCAUUAGAAGAUCUUGAAGAUGAAGAAGAUGUUGAUUUUUCUCAAGCAACACCAAGUGUUCAUCGUAAAAUGAAAAUAAAUCGUCUUAUAACCGAUGAUGAAUUACCUGAAUGGUUAAAAAAUGAUGUUGAAGAAGUUGAAAAAACACUUGAAAAUGAUGAAGAUUUUGGUAAAGGUCGUCGUCAACGUAAAGAUAUUGAUUAUAGUGAUAAUUUAACUGAAAGAGAAUUUUUACAAGCAUUAGAAGAAGGUAAUUUAGAUGGAGCUGUUGAACAAAAACGUUUAAAAAAACAAAAUCGUAAAAGUGCAUUAUCAUCACAAGAUAAUGAUAUUGAUCUUGAUGAAACUGAAGCACGUUCAUCAUUUGAUAAUCCAUCAACACCAAUAAUAAAUCAACAAAAUUAUUCAUCAAAACGUGGUAGUGUUAAAAAACGUUUACAAACUGUUGAUCCUAAAAUAGCACCACAAUGUCGUUUAUUACUUGAACGUUUAUUAGCAUAUCGUACAGAUGAUAAUCGACAAUUAGCACAACCAUUUAUACGUUUACCUGGACAAAAACAAUUACCAAUUUAUUAUCAAACAAUUAAAGAUCCAAUUGAUUUUCAACGUAUUAAAAGAAAAAUUGAUACAUAUAGAUAUUCAAAUUUAGAUGAAUUUCAAUAUGAUAUUGAAUUACUUGUACAAAAUGCUCAAACAUUUAAUUGUGAAACAUCAUUAAUUUUUGCUGAUUCAAUUCUAUUAGAAAAAAUUUAUAGAAAUUUACGUGAACAACUUGAUGCUGGUCUUAUUCAAGUACCAACAGCAAAUGAACAACCAACAACAACAACAACGACAGCAACAACAACAACAACAACAACAACAACAACAGCAACAACUCCUCGUACAUCAUCAAGACGAGGUCGUGGUACAAGAAUAACAACACCUAUUACAACUAAUGGUGAAGUUUCACGACGUGGACGAAAAAGAAAAUUAACUGUUAUUAAAGAUGAUGAUGUAUCAGAUGAAGAUCAACAACAACAACAACCAUCUGAUGAUGAACAUGAUGAUGGAGAUUUUGAAUAA